AUGGUGGGGUACUCGCACAGUGCACGGCAGAUAAAUUCGCAGGUAAAGGUUAUGGUGUGUGCAGGCAGUUAUUCCGAUGAGGAGAUAAGGUCAUUGGUUCAAGCACUCGAGAGGCAUCGAGAGUCAGGAAACAAGCUGCAGGAUCUGGGUUGGCUUUGGGACACAGUCAAAAACCACGAGAAGCUUGCAGCAGUCUUUCUUCGCUUCGGUAUUUGCCCUGAGCAGGACGGCAAGAAGGAUGAAGUCAAGCACCUGCGUUCCCUCGAACUCAGCUUCACCAUCGACCCGGCUUCUUCACCAAACUAUCUUCACUGGCGUUAUGUUCUGUAUUGCCUGCAUAACACCAGGAUGCAGAAGUAUUUCCGAGCGGCAGCACAACCGGGCCCUGCCGAAAUGACAAGGAGAAUCGUGCAGUCAAUGGCCCGGCAGAUGAACGAGCACUUCCGAGUUUCAGGGGCGUCAUUGAGCCGCCUCUCUCAGUGGAGUCCUACAGGGGUGCCUCGCAUUCUGCAGCAGGUGGCUCAGCUCGUGUGCGCUACCGAAAAUGAAAAGGGGUCGUGGGCCCUUUUCUUUUGGGAAGCCGGGAACUUGAUUGCAAGGGAAGGGCUGCAGAACUGCACCGAGGGCGAAAAGAAAGGAAAGACCUUGAGCAUCAUCGUUGAUGCAUUUCGCAAGAUGAAAUUCACAUGGUAUCACGUGCCACUGCUCUGGGAGUUCUCGCGACAUCUCGAGGAGGAGCACCUCGCAACCAUGAAGCCUCUCGAGUUGGUCAACGUCUUCCAUUGGCUCGCGCAGCAGGUCUUCGAGGGAGAGGGCUGGCAGCGAGAAGGUUGGAUCCAAUGGCGGCGAGAAGUUGCAGGGCGGAUUGUGGAUGCGCUGCCAAACAAGCUGCGUGAGCUUAUGGAUCCUCAGCAACCAGAAUCCGUAAAGUUCCUCGGGUACUUGGGCAAGUCUCUGAGCAAAGUUGUCUUUGCAUGCGGAGAGAUUCAGAUCUUCCCCGACGAGCUCCUGGAGACCUGCUUGGCUUGUGCAUGGCGCCUGGAAAGGGUGAGUCGCGAGCACUGCCGGGAGCAGUGGUUCGACAAGCUGAUCUGGAGCCAGCUUGGAAAGCAGAUUGGGCAGGGUGGACCGCCUCCUCAAGUGUUUAAUUCGUUCCAGUGGUCUGAGUCAGAGUUGUACGCAGCUGUGAAGGCUCAACCAAGCCAAAGCCGCAAGAACAUUUUGGACAACCUGGGGAACGGGAGAGAUGUUCUCGCGCCCUUAGCAGGGCUGCUGGUCAAGGCACUUGCAUUUGAGACGGAGGACCGGCGCCGGCGGAUCUGCAACAUGCAGCGCACACUGGUUCAGAUGAGCAUGAUGGCCAUGAUGCAUCUCGACAUGAAGACGGUCACUUCCCUGUUGGCAUCCAUCAGGAGAGUCACCAGAAGAUACUCCACACAUCUUGAUCCUGAUGUACGCUUCGUCCAGUCGGCAUUCCAGCGGGCUAGCGCGCUCGUAAGGAACUGCUCCGACAACGAACAGGAAAUCUUCCAGAAAGUGCUCAGAACUUACUUGCGGUGGCGUGACGAGUUGCAGGCGCAUACGGGUGUGCAGCUGAGUAUCGUGGACAUGAGCCAUCUCGACAUGGACGCGGUCACAGGGUUGUUGGAGUCCGUCAGGAAAGUUGCCACACAAGACUCCGCACCUCCUGAUGCAAGGUCCGUCCAAUCGGCAUUGCACAGGGCUCGCGAGCUGGCAAGGAACUGCUCCUCAGAGCAGCGGCUCAACUUGGAGCAGGAGCUCGCGGCCUACUUGCGGCUACCCGAGCAAUGUGACAUUUCCGAGGACUUGCAUGAGCAGUUGCAGGCGCUGCUUGCAAGGCUGAGCUGA